CAAGCCGAGCGUGUUGCUACCCGGAGGCUUCAGAGCGACGGGCCAUUAGUCCUGCCCACACGGCGCCGGAAGUGAGACGUCCGGACGCGACGCCUCAGGCUGCCACGUCCGAGACCGGGAGUCGCUCUCGCAGCAGCAGCUAUGGUAUCAGUAAUCAACACCGUAGAUACAUCCCAUGAGGAUAUGAUUCAUGAUGCCCAGAUGGACUACUAUGGCACCCGCCUGGCAACCUGUUCCUCAGACAGGUCCGUCAAAAUCUUCGAUGUGCGCAAUGGGGGACAGAUCCUCAUCGCCGACCUCAGGGGGCAUGAGGGUCCUGUGUGGCAGGUGGCCUGGGCCCACCCCAUGUAUGGCAAUAUCCUGGCCUCCUGCUCCUAUGACCGGAAAGUCAUUAUCUGGAAAGAGGAAAACGGCACCUGGGAGAAGACCCAUGAGCACUCGGGACACGACUCUUCCGUGAACUCUGUGUGCUGGGCCCCCCAUGACUACGGCCUGAUCCUGGCCUGCGGGAGCUCGGAUGGGGCCAUCUCCCUGCUGACCUACACCGGGGAAGGCCAGUGGGAAGUGAAGAAGAUCAACAACGCUCACACCAUUGGCUGCAAUGCAGUCAGCUGGGCCCCUGCCGUGGUCCCCGGAAGCCUCAUAGACCAGCCGUCAGGACAGAAGCCCAGUUACAUCAAGAAGUUUGCAUCUGGGGGCUGUGACAACCUCAUCAAGCUAUGGAAGGAGGAGGAGGACGGCCAGUGGAAAGAAGAGCAGAAGCUGGAGGCGCACAGCGACUGGGUUCGCGAUGUCGCCUGGGCUCCCUCCAUUGGCCUGCCCACGAGCACCAUCGCCAGCUGUUCCCAGGAUGGCCGAGUGUUCAUUUGGACCUGUGAUGAUGCCUCAGGCAAUAUGUGGUCACCUAAGUUACUGCAUAAGUUCAACGAUGUGGUGUGGCAUGUGAGCUGGUCCAUCACCGCCAACAUCCUGGCUGUCUCUGGUGGAGACAAUAAGGUGACCCUGUGGAAGGAGUCCGUGGACGGGCAGUGGGUCUGCAUCAGUGACGUGAAUAAGGGCCAGGGCUUCGUGUCAGCUUCCGUCACAGAGGGCCAGCAGAAUGAGCAGUGACACCACAGAUGGGGCCUGGUUCCCCACCUGCCACUCCAGGACUGCCCCUUACUGGGACAACUGACCAAGCAAGUGGGAAGAGGCGCACCCAAGUCCACCAGGACCGUCUUCCUAGGAACACUUACAAAUGCUACCACAGAUGGAUCAUCUGCCUUAACACGAUUCUAUGAGGUUUGUAAUUUACUGCCCGGCUCAAAGCAUUGAUGUCCUGAAGAAACUACAAAUGACUUCAAGUCUAUUAUUUUGAAAUACUUUUGGCCAUUUUUAUGUACCUUUGGGUUGGGGCAUUAUUUGGGGGGGGAGGUUGUUCCCAAACUAAAUAAAAAUCAUAUUGCUUAGAA